AUGGCGGAUAGUUCAACAACUGGCGUCGAUUCGCAGAAUAUUGAAAGCGGAAAUGUUGGCGAGUUGGCGUCGAUGAUCCAGGGAGUUCUGCAGCAGACGCAGGAUCGCUUCCAGCACAUGUCCGACACGAUUAUUCGGCGAAUCGAUGAUAUGACGAAGAGAAUCGAUGAUUUGGAGAAGAAUAUCAGCGAUUUGAUGGCGCAGAAUCAGGUCGAUCAGCCGCCGACUGUCUGA